ACGGAAUACUGUGUUUCUCCGAGGCUACUGGUCCGGUUUGUUACCGACUAUAUGUUACACUUAUAACUGGCUAGGAAAACACGUUGAUGGUCUGCAGUAGAACCUGAGGUAGCGGGCCUAACCGUAGCCCCGACAUCAUGACCGAGAGUUUCAGCAACAUCGAGGAUGAGGCGUUCCCCAGUUUCCUGUCUAGCUCUGUGGGCAACAGCCGUGCCACCCUGGGGAACGUCACCCUGGGCUCCACCCUGGGGCUGCCCGUAGCUGCCUCCACCAUGGCUAAAAUUAGAGCUGGGGCUGACAACAGAGUAAAUGCUGUCCAGGCGUCAUAUCUGGAGGACGGUCGGCUCUCUCUGGCUAACUCUCAGUCCUACAACAAGGAACAGGGGAAAUUUGCCCUCAGCUUCAAAGAUGAGCUAGAUGAUGCAGAUGACUUCAUAGCAGCCCACCGGUUCUCAGACAUGCUGGUGAAGGUGAAUCUGGACGAGACCGAGCCCAGGACUAGAGCCUCCUCCCUCGGCCCCAACACACAGACUGGACCUCUCCCUGGAAGACACUCUGAACAUGGAGACGAUCUCUCUACGGGGCGGCUGACCUUCACCAACCUGGUUAAUAGGGACUUUAUGGAUCUAAAGGUCCGAUCCCUCCCAGGCACCGUAGACGACCAGAGUCUGGCCAGUGACGGAGCCGACAGCGACCGCUUCAGUGGGAGUGUCUCCAGCUUCCUGGCCAAUGAGAAGCUCAUGUCUAUGGACAGCAUGAACAGUGAUGUCACAGAUGACGAUAUCGACGUGAACGACCUGCAGGAUGAAGAUCUGGACCUGUUCUUAAACAAGCUGGUUAGCCCUGCCAUGCAGAGAGGACGGGUGGAGGGACAGGAGAUACCUCUUGCUGACCAGCCAGCCAACCAAUACUAUUCAUCUCAGCCCAGUUCCACAGAACCACAGAAGAACAGAUACCAGUUCCUGGAUGACUAUGAUCAGAUGCCUGACGUGCGGCUGGCUGCUACAGGGAUGGACUCGUGUCCUGGUAGUGAUGAGGAGGACACUGAGGAUGAACUGGAGGCAGCUAGGGGACACAGUUCUACCAGACACAGACUACUGCUGUCCAGCACCUCCCGACAGCUGGUGGGAGAGAGCAACCGUCCCAGCUUCAGACCUGGGCUGGAGGGAGGCAGCUCUGACGAAGAAGCUUACUCUGGUCGUAACUCUCCUCUAACUGGGUACGAACACAGAUACUCUGCAGAGGGCCAAGUCAUCAACACUGUAACAGGAGGAGGAGGCGACGGGAGCAGUGGGAGUGAGGAGGGCGGGAACGAUGGAGUGUCCACUCUACCCCUCUCCUCCACCUCCUCGGCCCAGACCACCUACGAUGUGCUGCGGGGGCUGGGGAUCCUGGGGGGCAGCGUGCCGGGAGAGAAUGCCCAGGACCUGAUGGGGGACCGUGUGGGGCCGGUGGGGACUGGAGAGACCAGCUCUGGGCCACAGAGGACGUCCCCUGUCAACUGGAGUAUGGCCUUAGACAGACAGGAGGCGCUGGAUGCCAUGGACAGUACAGAGUCUGGGGUGGCAGGGGAGGGUCACGGUGUCUUGGACUCUAUAUACCUGAGGACUGGUGCUGGACACUGGAGACCCCAGGACAUGACCUCUCACCUCCAGACCACACAGAGCAGCUUCCACCUCUCUCAGGUGCUUCCUUCGCAUAGUGAUGAUGAGGAGGAGGGGAGGGGGAGGCCUGCUGCCCUGGGGCCAAGAGGAGGUCCAUGUGGGGACUCCUCUGCACCUCCUGGUCCUCCUGGUCUGUCAGACAUGAGUCAGGGUGAGAAGGAUCCUCUCUCCACCUCUCUGGAGGCUAAGUACCUCUCUCAGAGCUUCCACCAGGAGGACUCCUCUGACAGCGACUGGAACCACUGUCCUGAUAACCUGGACUUCCAACCGGCCUCUCACAGUGUGGUCUACCAGAACGAGGAGGGGAAGUGGGUGACUGAUCUGGCUUACUACUCGUCCUUUGAGAAGGAGGUGGAUGGACACCAGCUGCCGGAGGUAGCAGACCAGUUCCAGGCUGAGGACUUCGUUCCAGGCAGUAACGCCAUAGAUAAGAUCAUAGAGGACCAGAAGGAGUUUGAGAAGGAGAACCAGUUCAUGCAGGAGGAGGUGAUGGAGCCUGCCUCCACCAGCCCAGGUCUCCUAUCUGACACGUCCUGGAGACUCCCAGCCAGCAGCCACAUCCUGAUGAGGGCCAGCCAGGUGUCCCAGGAGCUGGACAGAGGGAACCAGAGCUACCUCCGUCUGUCUCUGGGGACCUUCUUCCAGCAGCGCUCUGAGGCCCUGGGCUGUCUAGGGGACGACCGGGAGGACGAUACAGUCAAACGGCCGUCGUUUGGUUACGUCAUCACCUCUCCAGAGAAGAGGGAACCGUUUCCUCUGAUUCAACCAUCAGACUUCCUGUCUCAGGACGGCUCGGUCCACAACGAUACCCUCACACACACUGACCACGACCACACCAUGAACACAGAGGACUUGGACAAGACUGUGGAGGCAGCUGCAGACAGGGUGUCACCUACAGGAGAUGAUGAGCCGGAGCCUUGUGAAUCAGCCUCCCGCCUCCCUGAGGCCCUGCUCUCCCCCAGCCAGACCCUUCCCUCAGCCUCCCCCCUCCCCGAGGCCCUGCUCUCCCCCAGCCAGAGCCUUCCCUCAGCCUCCCCCCUCCCCGAGGCCCUGCUCUCCCCCAGCCAGAGCCUUCCCUCAGCCUCCCCCCUCCCUGAAGCCCUGCUGUCCCCCAGCCAGAGCCUUCCCUCAGCCUCCCCCCUCCCCGAGGCCCUGCUCUCCCCCAGCCAGACCCUUCCCUCAGCCUCCCCCGGCAGCCUGGGCCCCAGCCCCGGCAGCGGCACAGACCAGUCUAACAUCACGCUGUCUAUCAGCACCAUCGCCUCGGCCAUUGCAGAUGCCUCCAUUUCCUCAGAGCCCUCCCAGCUGGCUGCCAUGAUCAUGGAGCUGUCAAAGAGGAGUAGGAUACAGAGGCAACAGCAGAAAGGUCUGCCGGGUCCAGACCCAGCCUCUGUCCUGGAAGAACAAACACACAGCCCUAACCAGGUUCAACUGGACCAGAGAAUCAUGCUGGAGAGACUGCAGAGGAGCAACUGUGCCGGAGACCUGCUGGAGACUCUGCAGAGGAGCCACUGUGCCGGGGACCUGAGUGCCUUCGACAUUGAAAAGUACCUGAAGCAGACAGAGGUAUCCAGCAGCAGCGACAGCGACCAGUCAGGCUCCUCCCACUACACCUUUGACUUCCUCAGCUGGGCCGACAGCCUCAACUCCUCCCGCAGGAAGUCCCAGGCCGCAUCACUUGUUGUUACUGUGGAGAACGAGAGCUCGGUUUAUCAACACCAGGCUACCGAAUACCAGGCUAGCACCAAUGGAGCUAUCUCCUCUGGCGUAGAGGCUAAGGCAGGUUUGACACAAGGUUACCCUGCUGCUACGACCCGUCCAGUCUCUGCUGGGCUACAUCCAGGUUCUGGCCAGAGUGGACCAGGACCAGCUAACAAGACGGAGGUGAGGAGGAGUUCCAUCCCCCGUCCCAGGGCCAGCUCCAUCCCUACAGCCUCUGGUAACCCAGGGAGGAGGUCUGUGGUCUCUGGUCAGUUCUCCUCAACCACCUCCUCCACAGCCAAACCAGCUGCUGACAGGAAGUCCGCAGGGAAUAACAGUGAGCCCCAGCCAGCUGGUGUACUGAGCAACACAGAGAGUGGUGGGGCUGAACUAGGAGCAGUCCGUCUAACACCUAACAACACCCCAGCUCAGAAGGUAGAGGACCGCUCCUCAGCUGCUGCCCCAGCACAGAAGGUAGAGGACUGCUCCUCAGCUGCUGCCCCAGGCCAUAAGACCUCCCCUGGUCUGAGGAAGGGUCUGUCGGGGCCUCCGUCCCUCAGAGACAUCACAUCCCCCUCCCAGAGAGCCAGGAGGACCACAGUGAAGACUCACGCUACAGGGAGCAGCACAGCCCAUCAGGAGACACCCAGUGGCCUGGAGAAGAGUGUUGGAGGAGGUCCUCCCAGCGCUGUGGCCAAACGUGUUGGUUUUACUUCCGCCUGUCACAGCCCCCAGCCUGCUGCUGCCCACAGGACGGACGAUGUGUUUCCAGGUACUCCUAUGCAUCAUGCCGGAGGCCCAGAGCAGAGCCAGUGUACCUUCAGACCCUCCACCUCUCCUCUCACCCACUCCUCCCCCUCACAGACCUCCUUCCCCAGCCAAGAAGGGACUGUCUCUCCCCCCUCCUCCAGGGUAGGGGACAGGAGACCUCCCAGUGAUCUCACUCCUCCCCAGUCUGAGUGGAGCUGUUCCAGUCCCAGCCUCAGCAGACUGACGUACAUCUCUCUGAAUGACAGCACGGCUCUCAACAGCACCGGCUUCCCAACACCGGACAGACACAAGAGUAAUGGCACCAUGUCUCUGAGCACCACUAUAGUCAGGGCCAGUCCCACCCCUCCAGUAGACGGGGCUGAUACCCAGAGUCCUUCAGGUCAGGAUCUACCUCUUCACCGCUCUACAGACAUCCUCUGUCCUCCUAGACAGUCCAAGAGCCCAGAGUCUCCUCACCACUCUGACGGUCCUCCGAGAGGCUCUGUAGACCUGCGGAGUGGUUCAGGUCUGGGCUUUACCCGCAGCCAGAGUGAGUGUAACUAUCACUGUGGGAACAAUAUAGACUACGACCUGCAGAAAUGCCACUCCGUACCCAACUCACACCGCCUCACCAAGGUGGAUUCUGGCUACUCCAGCCACCUGAACAUCCAACAGCCCAGCGGUAUGGGGGGCCAGGGGAACCAGCAGUGGUCCGGGGUCUCAGCCCAGGGGAGUGAGGUCUAUCCUGGGGCCAGGACGGGCUUCGGCCUGCCUUCUUCCGAGGACCUGUGCUACAUGCCCAUCUCCAGCUUCAAGCCCCAGGGCUCUAUGAUGGAUCUGCCUCCAGGGGUCCCCGGCCUCCUGACGGGGUGCUCCCUCUUCAGCUCCCAGCUGGCACAGCAGAACCUGGGCUCGGAUGGAGUUCUACACCCUGGUCUCCCUCUGCCUGCUCCCUACCGCCACAUGGCGGCAGCAGGGAACGGCCUGUACGGUCACGCUAUGUCCUCACGGUUAGGACCCAACGUUGACCCCUCAGUCAGACACCUCCACAGCUCUGGGGGUCUGGGUGUCUCUGGGCCUGGUGGACCAGGAGGUCCUGGGGGUCUGUACCACUGCUCUAACCCCCACCUCAAACCCUUGGACCCAGGACUGAUGGAGGGGAACCCCUACAGCCAGAGCUGUGUAGCCUCGUGGGAUAACGGCAGCCUUCCUGAACUCACAGCCCAGGUCGUGAUCCCUGAGGAGCUGAGGUUCCCCCAUGCCUGCUGUGUGGGCAUCUCCUCUCAGACCUCACUGGGCAUCUUCAACCCCUCCGAGCGCUGGCAGCAGGUCUCCAUCACCGUCACCAGCCUGGCCAUCGACGGAGAGAAGGUUGAUUCAUUCCCGUACCAGUGGCUGAUAGUGAAGAACAAGACCAUCAUUGGCCCUAAGAGCACGGAGGAGCAGAAGGUGUUGUUCAUCCCGCCUCAGGCCGGGGUGUACCAGGCUGUCCUCAGUGUCUCCUCCUGGCCCGCCUCCGCUGAGGCCCAGGCUGUCGCCCGCGCAGAGGUGUUCGCCAAGAGGGUGGUCCUCGUCGCCAUGGCAGAGAACCCUGCUCUGGAGAACGCCACGCUGGCGCUGCUUCACUUUGUGCUCCAAGAUCCCGUUGUCCAUGACGGCAGCGGCCAGCGAGGUCAGAGUCCCGCCUGCAGCAGGCCCUCAGCUGUCAUGGCAACGGGACUCUUGGAGAAAGGUUCUCUGCCAUGGCGACGGGACCACCCUCUUGGCGAACACCUCUGCGCGGGCGCAGCCUGGGCCUCAGCGGAGGCGGCCAGGAGGAGACACUGA